AUGGCGCUGACCGCAGCAGAUGCUGGGCCCAUCUACAACCUGUUAGAAGCAGCUCUUAACGAGGCUACAAGGAAAGAGGCGGAGCAGGCUCUUAACGCGUAUGAGACCCGCGUGGGUUUCUGCUCAUGUCUCCUGGAGAUCAUAUCGCGCAAGGAGCUGGAUCAGAAGGGCGGAGCCAGGUGGCUGGCAGCGAUCUAUUUCAAGAAUAGCAUCAACAGAUACUGGCGGGCGAGACGAGAGACACAGGGCAUAUCGGACGAGGAGAAGCCGGUGCUGAGAGCUCGGUUGCUGGAGUUAGUAGCAGAUGAGAACAGCCAGGUGGCCGUGCAGCUGGCCGUGCUGAUUGCCAAGAUCGCCCGCAUCGACUACCCCAGGGAAUGCCAGCUGGCCGUGCUGAUCGCUAAGAUCGGCCGCAUUGACUUCCCCAGGGAAUGGUGA